GGGAGGCGCCAAGUCUUAAGCGCUAGUUGCAAGUUCGAUGGUCUAACUAGAUCCGUAGGAACAGUGUAUAAGAUUUUUCAAGAGGAUGCAUACAUUAGUAGUCCGUUCGUUUUUCUAAUAGCUGGAGACAGGAAAUCGCCUUAACAUUUUUGAUAGGAACAGUUUGCUACUCUUUGUUAUCGAGAGCUUUGAGCAAAGCAGUACGACUUCGAGUAAAUUAUUCGAAUAAUAUCAAGUUUUAGAGCGGUACAAGUUUUCAGUCCAUUGAAAUUCGUUUUUUAUUAGACUGCAGAUUUUCUGAGUAAUGGAGAUUUUGUGCAAUUACUCUCAAAAUCCAGUGGUUGGUUCGUCGAAAAGCAGUCACAUGGAGCAUGAACCAGUCCCAGUAUCAUCCAAAGUGCAAGAUACCACUGCUUCUCAGCGACGAAAUAUCAAUUGCACCAGUUCAAAUAUCUUUAGUAGUCUUCAGCAUGCCCAUCUUCCUGUAGCCCCCAAUCCGAAUGUCUUAUUUAAGAACGAACUGACAGAAAAUUACUCCGACAAUUUGGCGCCGCGUAUAUCACCAUACCUUCUUGGGAUGCUCCAGUGUAGACCAGUUUCCUUACCUCUUACUCGGAACGUUGUGAAAGAGGGAUGGCUUAUGAAACGCGGCGAACAUAUUAAAAAUUGGCGACGUCGAUAUUUCAAAUUACGGGAAGAUGGGACAUUUUAUGGAUAUAAAAUUCAACCUAAAGAUGAUAUGGCGCAACCGUUAAAUAAUUUCACUGUUCGCGACUGUCAAAUUAUAUGUUUAAACAAGCCAAAACCAUACACAUUUCUUAUUCGUGGUUUACAAUGGACCAAUGUAGUGGAACGUUUAUUCUUUGUCGAGACGGAAGCAGAAAGAAAUUAUUGGCUUAGCGCAAUUCAAAGCGUCGCAAAUCGGCUCAAAUCAUCAUUUGAGCAGCCAGUAUCCGUACACAGUUUAGAUUUGGCUGAAAAUAUGAUCGUUGAUAUUCCUCAGAGGCCUGUGAAACGUUAUUCUGUAAAUGACUUCAGACUUUUAAAAGUUUUAGGGAAAGGUACUUUUGGAAAAGUGAUUUUGUGUCAAGAAAAUGAAACAGGUCAUUUUUACGCUAUGAAAAUACUAAAGAAAUCUGUACUUAUUGAAAAAGAAGAAGUUGUUCAUACAAUGACUGAAAAUCGUGUGCUACAACAAUGCAAACAUCCAUUUAUGACAGAGCUACGUUAUUCGUUUACUACACCUAAUUAUUUAUGCUUUGUUAUGGAAUAUGUUAAUGGUGGUGAAUUAUUUUUUCAUCUACAACGCGAUCGUGUAUUCUCAGAAGAAAGAGCUAAAUUUUAUGGUGCAGAAAUUACUCUGGCUUUAGGUUAUUUACAUCACCAGAAUGUUGUUUAUAGGGAUCUUAAAUUGGAAAAUUUAUUGUUGGAUAAAGAUGGUCAUAUAAAAAUCGCUGAUUUUGGUCUGUGCAAAGAAGACAUGUACUAUGGUGCAUCAACUAAAACAUUUUGUGGUACACCAGAAUAUUUAGCACCUGAAGUUUUAUUGGAUAACGAUUAUGGGCGUUCAGUUGAUUGGUGGGGCCUUGGCGUAGUAAUGUAUGAAAUGAUGUGUGGACGUUUACCAUUCUACUCAAGUGAUCAUGAAGUUUUGUUUGAACUAAUACUGCAAGAGAAUGUCUCCUUCCCAGCCCGUCUUUCACACCCAGCUCAAGAUAUCUUGUCUAGACUUUUAAUUAAAGAUCCAACAAGUCGAUUAGGUGGUGGAGUACAGGAUGUUUUGGAAGUUAUGGCACAUUUGUUUUUUGCGUCAGUCGAUUGGGAUCGUUUAAUAAGAAAAGAUAUUCAACCACCAUGGAAACCAGACGUGGUCGAUGAAAAAGACACAAAAUAUGUCCCAGAUGAAUUCAAGGAUACGUCAGUCGAUUUGACUCCUCCAAACGAUGAUGAAGAUAAUAUGAAUCGAAUUGUCGAUGGACCAUAUUUUGAACAAUUCAGUUUUCAUGGAAGUCGACAAAGUUUGAAUAGUAGAGUCAGUGGUUAUAGUUUUGGUGACACAUUUUAAUAAUGUGUAUUUUACUACAAGUUCAAUUGACUGCCUCUUACAUGAUUUAACUUUCUAUGUACAAAAAAGAAGAAAUGAAGAGAAUGUUAUUAUAACUAAUAUUUUUCAGAUAGAUGAACAGACAAAAAACGUUUUAGAGCCUGGAAGUGUGUGUAUAUUCUCGGAUUCCGAUUAUAAAAUAUGUAUAGAUUUAUUUUCAUAUUCAUUCAUUUUCACCUGGUUUUGCUUAUUUUUCUUUCCUUUUUUCGAAUACUUGAUAUUAUGACAUAAAUUGUAUGUGAAUUAAACAUGUUUAGUUGCAAUUGGUCUUGGAGAUGUGUAACUUUCAUCUCCUGUUAUUUUUCAUUGAAACUUAUCAUUUCAUUGCCUCGUUUAUUUUAUUAUUUUUAGUAUCAUUUUAUGUGUGUGUUUUUGUGACAUUUACAAUUUUGGUCAGAUUAAAUCUAAAUUGUUGAUGUUGUUGUUGUCUCUAUUAUUUGCAUAAAGUUGGUUUACUAUUUUCACUAUUUAGUUAAUCUGUUUCCUUUUUAUCUCCGUUUCUUUUUACUGUUCCCCCCUACUAUCUCACAUAAUCAUUUUAAUGUUGUGGAUUUCCCCCCUUUUUUAUACAUAAAUCUGUUUAUACGUAAUAAUGUACUAUUGUUGUUAUUGUUGUCUUGUAGUCGUAAUGAUUUAGGUUCAUUCUACUUUGUGUGCAUGUUUAUGUAUUCUGACACUAGGUUUUAUUUUAGUACCUACAAGAGAAUUGAACCCUUCUUUCUAAGACGAAAAUUAUCCUACGUUCUCAUUUGAUGCAUCUAGAGCUGAUCACCCCGUCCAUUGUUCAGUAAAACAAAUACCAGGAUCAAUAUAGACAGUAUUACAAUAUUUAUUAUUCAGUUGUAUGAUUUUUAUUGACAAAAUUCAAUAUAUCUAAUUCAUAGAAAUAAAACAUUAUAUUGAGUGU